AUGGGCACGUCGCAUAAUGAACGCAUUCGCGUGGCCAUUAUUGGCGGCGGAUUUGCAGGUCUCACGCUGCUCAUCGGUCUCCUAAAGUAUCCCCAUAUCGACGCAACCUUGUACGAAUCCUCCCAGAAGUUCUCCGAACAGGGAGCGAGCGCCGUUCUAGGGCCCAGCGCACAGCGUGCCAUGGAACUUAUCGAUCCCCGAAUUCUACAUGGGUUUCAAAAUCGAGCAGCUUUUCACGAAGAAGAACCGGAUAAGAACGGGAUGCAUACUUGGGUCAGAGCUGUUAAAGGACAGGAGCCUGAUGUCGGUGGUGUGAUAGCCGAAUUUAAAUACCACAUACGAGGGUCAACGAUCCAUCGAGCUCAUUUCCUUGAGGAGUUGGUUAAAUUAGUCCCUCCUUCGCAGACCAAGUUUGGGAAGAAGCUUACUGACAUCAUACAACCGACGGGGGAUGACAAUGAGCCCAUGGUAUUACAUUUUCGCGAUCGCACGUUUGCGAAAGCCGAUGUCGUUGUUGGAGCGGAUGGUAUACAUUCUAUGGUCAGGAAACACAUCCUCGGGAUCCAUCAUGAGGCCGCCAAUGCUUUCUUCACCGGCGUGAUUUCAUAUCGCUCCACGAUCCCAUACGAAGACGCACAGGCUGUUCUCGGCGACGAUUAUGUAAAGCCCGAAUUUGCCCUCCGAUGUGGCAAGAACGGACUCAUUUUCGGGUUUCCCAUGGUCAAUAAAACCAUGUUCUUCAUUGGAGUGAUGACGUUCAACAACAGCCAUGACCGUGUCACAGAAGACUUGUGGAGCAUUCCCGUGGAUACGGCUGAUUUGCAACAACGGUUCGGAGACUGGGAUCCAUAUGUGCAGAAGCUUGUGAGCCUGGUUCCCGACGAUGCUUCGACAACCGGAUUUUCAAUCUGGGAAAUGCCGUUGGCGCCAACGUAUGUGAAAGGCCGGGUUGUAAUAAUUGGAGAUGCGGCGCAUGCCCCGACCCCGUUUUCCGGGGCAGGAGCUGCAAUGGCCAUCGAGGACUCCUGUGUCCUCCAUACUCUCCUAGGAAAAUACCUCGAUCCAGAGAGGCUGGCGCGAAACAAAUUCAGCAAGGCACAAAGCGUCCGCCUGGCGCUGCAAUCGUUUGACUCAGUUAGAAGACUGAGAACCCAAAAGGUGGUAGUAAGGUCUGCAGAGAUGGGUCGAUUGCUCAGCUGUACGGAGGAGGGCGUUGGUUCGAGUCAAGCCGAAAUGUAUCGACAUUUGGAGGGGAAACUAUGGUGGAUCUACGAUGGCAACCAGGAAGAGCAAGUGAGAGACGCUUGUCUGUUGUUCGAGCGGGCCGAGUUUGCGGCAGCACAGGCCACUUCGAGAUGA